UUAAAGAAUUGAUACAUAUUUCCUAUUCUAAGCGUUUCAAAUGAUUGCUAGAAUUCAACUGAUGAGAACUUGCAGCCGAGACAAUGUAUAUUCUAAUUUUUACCUCAACUUCAUACCAAUCUAAGUUGAUAAGCAUUCCUACAAAGUUUGUGGAGUUGAGAUUAGCCAUAUUAAGUAUUGUCUUAAGAUUUUUAAGAAUUGAAAAAUUUGGAGCAGUUUUGUUCAUUAGUUAAUUGGAUACUUUAAAAGUUCAGUAUGUUAGCUUGAUGCAGUGGCUCACUCUGGUAAUCCCAGCACUAUCAGAGGCCGAGCAGGCGGAUCAUCUGAGGUCGGGAGUUCAAGACCAGCCCGACAAACACUUGAAUUAAGAAAAAGUCUUCUCAACAAAUGAUGGUGGAAAAACUGAAUAAUCACAUUUUUGUUCUAUCCGGGGUCCUGAUUCAAAGACCCAGGCAAAGAUGGAGAGAAAUCAGAACUCUCAUACACUGCUGAUGGGAGGAUAAAAUGCUUACUUUGGAAAACAGUGUGACAAUUCCUCAAAAGGUUAAACAGAGUUCCCAUAUGACCCAGCAACCCACUCCUAGAUAUAUAACCAAGAGAAAUCAAUAAUUAAGUCCACACAAAAACUUCUACAUAAAUGUUCAUAGCAGCACUAUUCCCCAUAGCCGCAAAGUGGAAACAAAUGUCCAUCAGCCGAUGAAUGAAUAAAUAAAAUGUUGUGGCAUGUCCUUAUAGUAAUUAUUGGUCCAUGAAAAACAUACAUAAAAACCUUAUGCUAAAUUAAAGAAGCCAGUCACAACAAAGCCAUUUAUGAUAUGGGUCUAUGUAUACUAAAUGGUCCAAAUAGAAAGAAAGUAGAUUAAUGAUUGUCUAGGACUGGCAGGGGAGGAGGGGGAGAAUGGAGGAAUCAGGGAUGCGGAGAAUUUGGGGUACAUGGUUUCUCUUCGGGGAGAUAGAAAAUUGUAAAAUUUUGGUAAUGGUUGCAUAUCUCUGUAAAUAUACUAAAAUCCAUUAAUUUUUGCAUUUUAAAUAGAUGAAUCGUAUGAUAUAUAAAUUAUAUGUUACCAAAAAUUGAAAAAAGGAACAGUACUAUCAGCCCCAAUGUGCCCACCAUCAAUAUUCUACAUUUUCCCCUUGUUAUUUUAACUAUUUACCUACAGUUGAGGCCCUGAUAUCCUAAGUUUGAUUUUCUUAACUUGUCAAAAUUUGCACACAUGCUUAUAAAAAUAAUGCCUGUUGAAUUUGCUACAUAUGUAAAGUUUUGGGCAAAUCAAGUGUAUUAAAUUUAUCAACAUGGUUUGAAAUGUCUAAGGUAAUAAUUCCCAAGCUUCGUUGAGGGAGGAGGAAAGGUUUUAAAAUCCCAGUGCCCAGGUGGCAUCCCAUACGGUUACCGAGAAUUCUGUGUGGGAAUGGAUCCUUUAACUGACGAGAUUAAUAGAGCCAGAGCUCUGAACCAGCAGUCUUGGUUAUUGUGCUAGUAAGCAGAGAAUUGCAAACUAACACCAAAAUGCAAGCUGAAAGCAAACUCUAUUGGAGCACAGUAAUACACCCUCAAAGAGACAGAGGGCUCAUUUCUGCAAAGUGAGAUCAGCACCUCUUUAUGGAGCUCAAAGUGCCUUUAUGGGGUUUGUGGGAGGAGUUGGCUGUGUCUGUGUGAUAGGAUGACGUUAUUUGAUUGGCAGUUUAUAGCCAUAUAAACUGUGCAUGUUCUUACCUAUAAUUCGUUAAGAAAAGCCUCCCAGGGAGGUGGAGUAAAACCACAUAUAAAUUCUGUUAAAAUGAUGGUAGGGUGAACUUUGGGAUGAACGUGAGGUCAGGGUUUUAUGUCAUUGGGCGUGUGCCACUUUAGGGAAUUUCUGCCUGUGCCCUCCUUUUUCCUUCUCCAGGAUGUGUUGGCCACAGACUCUACCACAAACUCCAUCCCUUAGGGUGGAAUUAGCGUAGUGUUGGGGCUGAACUUAGGUGGACCAGUGGCUGUCUUAGUGACAGCCUUUGCACUCUCCCCUGAUCUCCUCCCAGAUGCUACCGUUUAACUACCUAACAAUACCCGUUAAAUCAGGCCUCAGUAUGUUUAAUCAUUCUCCAGGUGAUCCCAGUGCUGUCAAGUUUGUGAAACACUCGUCGGAGAAUUCCAUCAUGAAGGCUGUGGAAGGUUCACACUCUCUGCACUACCUCUUCAUGGGCGCCUCAGAGCAGGACCUUGGUCUUUCAUUGUUUGAAGCUUUGGGCUACGUGGAUGACCAGCUGUUCGUGUUCUAUGAUCAUGAGAGUCGCCGUGUGGAGCCCCGAACUCCAUGGGUUUCCAGUAGAACUUCAAGUCAGAUGUGGCUACAGCUGAGUCAGAGUCUGAAAGGGUGGGAUCACAUGUUCACUGUUGACUUCUGGACUAUUAUGGACAAUCACAACCACAGCAAGGAGUCCCACACCCUGCAGGUGAUCCUGGGCUGCGAAAUGCAAGAGGACAACAGCACCAAGGGCUUCUGGAAGUAUGGGUAUGAUGGGCAGGACCACCUUGAAUUCUGCUCUGACACGCUGGAUUGGAGAGCAGCAGAGCCCAGGGCCUGGCCCACCAAGCUGGAGUGGGAAGCGCACAAGAUUCGGGCCAGGCAGAACAGGGCCUACCUCGAGAGGGACUGCCCUGCACAGUUGCAGCAGUUGCUAGAACUGGGGAGAGGUGUUCUGGACCAGCAAGUGCGUCCUUUGGUGAAGGUGACACAUCACGUGACCUCUUCAGUGACCACUCUACGAUGUCGGGCCCUGAACUUCUACCCCCGGAACAUCACCAUGAAGUGGCUAAAGGAUAGGCAGCCACUGAAUGCCGAGGAGGCUGAACCUAAAGACGUGUUGCCCAAUGGGGAUGGGACCUACCAGGGCUGGAUAGCCUUGGCUGUACCCGCUGGGGAAGAGCAGAGAUAUACAUGCCAGGUGGAGCACCCAGGCCUGGAUCAGCCCCUCCUUGCCAUCUGGGAGCCCUCGCACUCUGGCACCCUCAUUGCUGCAGUCGUCACUGGAAUUGCUGUUUGUGUCAUCAUCUUGUUAAUUGGAAUUUUGUUCAUAAUCUUAAGGAAGCGGCAGGCUUCAAGAGGAGCCGUGGGGCAAUACGUCUUAGCCGAAUGUGAGUGACACACAGCCUGUAGACACAUACGGGAAGGAGACAGAACUAGAGACUGAAAAAGGAAGUGCACUUACAGAGCUCUUCGUGUUUCAGGACAGAGUUGAACCUAAAAAUGGAAACUGCCUGAAGAACUCUUUGCUUUUAGCCUUCUCUGUUCAUUUCCUCCAAAAGAUUUCCCCAUCUCGGUUUUUGAGUUUCUGUAUGCCAGUGGUCCCUAGCUAUGACUUCUCCCCUGGAACUGCCUCUCAUGAACCUCAAGCUGCAUCUAGAGGCUUUCUUCAUUUCCUCCAUCACCUCAGGCACACCUAUGUCAUCUCAUGUCCUAUUUUUGGAAGAGGACUGCUUAAUGUUGGGGUCUUACAUGAUUCAUUUUAACAUCUGAGAAAACCUUUGAACCCUGGGACAUAGAUGUCAUAAUCUUACCAGAGUUUUACAUACAUAUCUAGGUAUUUUCUGGACCCGCUCAACUUUUCCUUUGGAUCUUCCCUCAGGAUUACCCAGCAACUCAUCUGUCACCAAGCCAUGGGGACUCUUCCAUCCGAUUGUGCUGUGGGUUGGACAGCUAUGCAGGCUGCACACCACACAACUGGAAGAGGCACCUUUCCCAGAAAAAGCUUCAUGGAUGUCUGUGGGUAUUACAAUGGGUGUUUUUAGCAGGUAGGAGGCAAGUAUCUUUAAAGGGGUUGUGAAGAGGUGUCUUUUUCUAAUUUGCGUGAAGAGGUGUCUUUUCCUAAUUUGCAUGAAGGUGUCCUACAGGUGUUAAAAGUGUAUCAGUGCCUGCAUUGGGAUGCUACUCUAGCAUUCCAGACCUGAAGUAUUAAAAUAAUUUUCUACCUUGCCUCUCUUUGUUCUGAUAAUGAAAAUUACCAGAAGGUGAUGAUAAAAGCACUUACUUGGUGUCUCACUCUUCUGAACACCUACUUACAAGCAUUAUUGCAUGUAAUUCUUAUGAUAAUUCUGUGAGAUAGGUACUAUUUAUUUACCACAUUUCUUUUUUAGACAAAGAAAGUGAAGUGUAGAGUAUUUCAUAGCUAGCCAGUGAUAGAAACAUGUUUCAAACUCAGUCAUUCUGACUAUUUGGAUACAUCUCAUACACCACUACAUUCAGGUAGAUGCCUAUAGUAAAUAGAGAAGGAAGGAGAUGGCUCUUCUCUUGUCUCAUUGUGUUUCUUUUUUUUUUUAAAUGGAGCCUCUCACUGUUGCCCAGAUUGAAGUGCAGUGGCGUGAUCUCCACUCACUGGUUCAAGCAAUUCUCCUGCCUCAGCCUCCUGAAUAGCUGGGAUUACAAGUGCCCGCUACCACGCCUGGCUAAUAUUUUGUAUUUUUGAUAGAGAUAAGGUUUCACCACGUUGGCCAGGCUGAUCUUGAACUCCUGACAUCGUGAUCCAUCCACCUCGGCCUCCCAAAGUGCUGGGAUUAUAGGCACCAUGCCGGCCUCAUUGUGUGAGAGUGAAUCAAAUUGAAGGGAAAGAGCAGAAAACAACCAGUUGAUCCUCAGCUGUCAUGUUUUCUUUCAAAAUCCCUGCGGGAAGGAGAUGGAAUGUGACUCCCUUGCCCCUCUGUUGCUCUUUCUGGUAUUCAUUUCUUUGGCUCCUAUACAAGGACUGUGAUUGGUGGGGACAGCUAGUAGCCCUGCUGGGCCUUCACGUGCAGUGUCUUCCCUAGGCCAGUGCCUCUGGAGUCAGAACUCUGGUGGUAUUUCCCUUGAUGAACUGUAGUAAGCGAUUUCAUUUUGAGAUGGCACAGUGGAAGCCACCAAGCAGUGUAGAGGAUGCCCAGGCCCUGUCUUGGGGUCACUGAGGUUCUGGUGCACAUUAAAAAAAAUCUAACCAGGACACUCAGGAAUUGCUGGAUUCUGGGAAAUUGAUUCACCUGACCAUGUUCAAAAGAGUCUUAAUAUAUAUAGCCAGAUGGCAUGUGUUUACUUUAUGUUGCUACAUGCAUUUGGCUGCAUAAAAAUGGUACAAGCAUUCUGUCUUGUGUCUCAAAAGUUUAUUUUGUAGGCAUUAUAUUUUAGCAAGGAUAUCUUGUCUCUUAUUUUAAACCAUUUUGUUUUUUUUUCUGGUUAGAAAAGCUAUGUAGAAAAAGGUAAAUGUUGGCCAGGUGCUAUUGCUCACGCCUGUAAUCCUAGCUCUUUGGGAGGUCGAGGCGGGCAGAUCACCCAAGGUCAGGAGUUCAAGACCAGCCUGGCCAACAUGGUGAAACCGUGUCUCUACUAAAAUACCAAAAUUAGCCAGUCAUGAUGGUGGGUGCCUCUAAUCCCAGCUACUUGAGAGGCCGAGACCGGAGAAUUACUUGAACCCAGGAGGUGGUGGUUGCAUUGAGUGAGAUCUUACGACUUCACUCCAGCCUGAACUGCUGAGCGAGACUCUGUCUCCAAAAAAAAGAAAAGAAGAAAAAAAGGUAAAUGUGAUUUAUGCUCAUUGCAGAAAAGCUGAAAAAUAAAUAAAAUAAUUCUGUGAUUUCAUUAGUCAGUGAUAAACUAUUAACAACUCGUGUGUUACCUCAGUAUUGUUGCAUUAAAAAUGCAUAUACUUAAUAAAUGUAUAUUGUAUACUGCAUGGUUUUAUUGAUGUUCUCGUUCACUUUGUGUAUAUAUCGCUUUGUCAUUUUGGAGACAUUUAUUUUUCUAUUUUUUUUACAUUUUGUUUUAUGAAAUAUUCUCAUUAAACUGUGCUAGCCAAACUGAUUAUUUUUCUUCACUCUGGGGACAUCAUCUAAGUUGUAAGACAUUGGUUAUUUUACCAACAAACCAUUCUGGAAGCAUAUGACAAAUUCUUUCUCUCUUAAUAUUGUUCUAUACUCAAAGCAGAGUGCUGUAAGCCUUCACUUACUCUUCUGUUUCAUAAAUAAUAUGUUACAAUUAAUUAUGUAA